AUGAUACCAAGGGCGGCACAGAUACGUCAACAGCAGGCCAAUGAGAGGCGCGCCAAGUUGGAGGAAAGCGCAGCGCGCGCUGUUAGGGAGGAUAUGUUUGCCCGGCAUAACACCAUGCGGGGACUUCAAGGGCCGAACUCCCGCUUUGCUAACACGAAUCGGCGCUCGCAUCGUGAUCCGAAUAGAGGCCUAAUCACACAGGCUGAGUGGAACGCAAUUGUGGAGGAACACGAAGAUUCUGGCUCCAAGUUUCGUUUUUUAUUUUUUGGGUUUGUGGUGCUUGCAAUUGCUAUGCUUUCAUUGGCGAAGUACGACGUAGAGUUCAAUCUGGAGCCACCCCAAAUUGAAAGUGGAAAGGGCUUUGGCGGGGACGCUGCCGACCCCUCUGUUGGGGCCAGUACCGAGGAGUUGGAGAAGUAUUACAAAACGCUCGGUGUGGAGGGCCGGCUUAGGCGGGAAGAGGCACACGGAGGAACCACUAGUGAUGUCGACGGACACGAUCCCGACAAGGAACGCCGACGAGAGAACUACCGUCUUCGCAAGGAAAUACGCAAGGCGUAUGAGACACACCAGGAGCAGCGUGGACAACUUGUGCACUGUGGGCGGGCGUGUGAGGCCAAAAACCAGCAAGUAGAGCUGGCGUAUAAUCGUCUCGCUUCCCAAGUUGACCGCGAGCUCUAUGGAGUCUUGUUGGACGUAAAAGAUACAAAGUCUAAGCGAUCCUCAGAUGCUGCAGAACUUAAGAAAGCUUAUGAGGCGAAGAAGGAAGAGGUGGAGAAAAAUGAGAAGGACGAGGAAGAUCGUGCAAUGGCCCUAGAGGAAUUAAAGGACGCGUAUGACAUUCUUGUGAAUCCAGAGGCAAGAAAUUAUUAUCUUCUUUACGGUAUGAAGCCUCCAGAGCAUAUGCGUCACAUCAGCGCUAAAAGUGGCGGUUGGGGACAGGAAGUUACAUUGGGUACAUACAAGUACCGUAUCAUAUUGGCGUGGCUUGACUUUUUGCAUGGGUACAUUGGCCUAUGGGGUGAAACAAUCGUCCUUCUUGCUGUAUUGCUUUUUGUCCUCUCACGAAUUCCGAUUGCCUUGAAACAGUCGCAAAAACUGUUGGAUGAUUUGGACUGGGAGAAUGAGGUGGAGGAACAGGAGCGCAAUGAACAGAGAGCGAAGGAAGCAGCCGGACAACGGCGAGAGUGA